UGAUGCUCAGUGUAGCAGAAUUGCAGUGCACUGGACUGGACAGAACGGGGAAGCAGCCACACUGUCAGUGAGGGUGGGGUCCGGCUACACUGAAAGGCAAAACACUCACGGUGGAAAAAAGGAAUAAGGAGAGAAGAGGAGGGCGAGCACCAGAAGAGGAACACAACAAGGGAUGAAAGGUGACACCCCUGUGAACAGCACCAUGAGUGUCGGUCAGGCAAGGAAGCUGGUGGAACAGCUGAAGAUUGAAGCUAGUUUCUGUCGGAUCAAGGUAUCGAAGGCAGCCGCAGACUUGAUGGCUUACUGCGAUGCCCAUGCCUGUGAGGACCCCCUUAUCACCCCGGUGCCCACUUCAGAGAACCCCUUUAGGGAGAAAAAGUUCUUCUGCGCUCUCCUCUGAGCAUUAAAUCGACAAGAAUUGAAUUAGCCUCGUUUAGAUGAUUGAUUUGUGUAUGCUCACACACACACACACACACACACACACACACACACACACACACAUACACAACACCAAAUAAUGUGAGUUUAAAAUUUCUGAAGCUGGAAUAUGAUUAUUCGAAUAUAUAUUAACAUCCAUAAGUUGUGAGGACAUUUUGUGCUACGCUGUUUCUUCGUGAUCUUUGAGAGACGUUACGUCUCCAUUUUAUUAGGCAGGUGUACAUUAGGUAGAAAGCAAUGACGCAAACGUAACUAUACUACAUGGUGUAAAUGGUGAACACACACAUACUACACGCACAUAUGCAAGCACAUAAUUUUUCUAACCAAUGAAAAUGAAAAUUUCUGUGGUUGGAUGUUUUUAUUAUUAUGGUUAUUUUAAUUACUCAAUCAAGUAACAUCUUUUUUUCUCCCCCACGCUCUAUAAAAUGUAUAAAUUCCUUAUGCUUUUAUUCUUGUUUUUAAGUAUCUCUGUAUGCGUGUAUAUUUCAGUCAAGGGAACGAAAGGUGGGUUUUUUGGGGGAAUUGGCCAAACCGAGACACAUUAAUCUAUAUAAUAUUUACACUUAAAAAUCAUCUGCAACACAUGCCAACGUUUUUUCUGAAAUGGAAAUAGCCAACAGCCGUCUCACAUGCAGAAUAAGAGAUGACUGUUAGCUAAUAAAAAGAUCAUUGUUUAUGAUACCAAACACUGUAAAUUCUCCCCUAAAAAACCCUUGUGAUCAAUUUGGGGUUUCAGAAAUACUGCAGACAAAUUUAAAUGAAAAAUAAAAGAUAUCACCAAGAAA